CAGCAGAAACUCCACCAGCUUCUUCACUCUGCCUGACGUGCGUGGAAGGAUGCUGGCGUGCAGACGACUUGCUGCGCUGGCGCUCCUGGUGCUCUGCCAAGGUCUGGACGAAGACUCCUGCGACAACUUCACCGAUCUGAACCUGUCGCACUGCUUUCUGGGUACUAGUUUGUACGUGCGCUUGCUGCUUUACACCCGCGCUAACCCGGCAUGCGGGCGCGAGCUGGACCACCACCACUUCUCAUCCGAGCCGCUUUUUGACAUGACGCGGCCCACCGCGUUUGUCAUCCACGGAUAUCGACCAACCGGAGCACCGCCCGUGUGGAUCGACAACUUGGUGCGCCUGCUGGCCGAGGAGCGAGACCUGAAUGUGAUUGUGGUGGACUGGAACCGGGGGGCCGCUAAUCUAAACUACCUGACCGCCGUGGCCAAUACUAGAGAGGCGGCGCUCAAUUUGACGGCAUUCAUCAGGAACAUGCAGGACGAAGGUGCCUCAUUGGACUCCAUGCACCUCAUCGGCGUCAGCCUAGGGGCGCAUUUGGCUGGUUUUGUAGGCGCAAAUCUGAAGGGAAAAAUUGGACGUAUCACAGGUUUGGACCCAGCCGGGCCGCUCUUCACCAGCGCCACACCAGAUGAGCGCCUGGACCCGUCCGACGGAGUCUUUGUGGACGUGCUGCACACCGACAUGGACUCAUUUGGUCUGCGGGGGGCUCACGGUCACAUUGACUUCUACGCCAACGGGGGUGCCGACCAACCAGGCUGCCCCAAAACUAUCUUUGCCGGAAAGUCUUACUUCGUAUGCGACCACCAGCGUUCCAUGUGGCUGUACCUGUGCGCUCUCAACCACACUUGCAAUUUGACGGCGUACCCGUGCGCGUCCUACGCAGACUUCCUGGACGGGAAGUGUCUUCAGUGCGAGGCCUUCAAACCCGCUUCCUGCCCGCAGCUCGGAUAUGACAUCAUCCAGUGGCGGGAAAGUCUCCUCCAGUUAGGACAGACCAAAGUGUUCUUCAGCACUACUGCCUCACAUCCUUACAAAAAGCUGAACUACAGGGUGGACAUGGUGACAUGGAACCAGUAUCUCCGCUGGGGGGUGGUCUACAUCCGACUACACAGUGGCAGGAAUGUCACCGAGGCCCGAAUAGACCACAAGCUCCUCCGCUUCGAGCAGUUCACAGCCACGCGUCUUUUGGCGCAGUUCGACGAGGACCUGCCACACGUCCAUAAGAUCUCCCUGCGCAUCAACACGGGCAACGUCAUCGGCCCGCGCUACAAAAUCAGACUACUACGAAUACGACUGACGCCGCUCGAGCGCCCCGAAAGGCCGUUGAUGUGCCGUUUUGAUCUCAUCAUGGAGGAAAAUAGAGAGUUAGCGUUCCGGCCGCUGUCAUGCGAUUCUCACCUCUGAUCGUGUGCGCGGCGGCCAUUUUUACGGCUCUGAGUGAACAAACUUAUCUUGAGAGGAAGAAGGAAUACGCUGCAAAUCACUGUGAAGACUACGGGAGAACUUCGGACAACUUUCAUGGGAAGAAAAUCCAUAUUUGUUGGUCAGGUUUGUGCCUUUUUUUAACCACAUCUUCAGUUUUGACACUGUUUAAAGUCGGGAAAAACGGCACACAAAAGCUGAGGACAUGUUCAUGUUUUUAUUAUGAUUAUUUUUUUAUUAUGUUUCAACAAAGGUCACAAUGGAUUUAAUAAAGUUCUUCUCACAGUUUGGUUAUCGUUCCAUGUGUCAUAGGAAUGGAAUAAACAAGCCGUCGCAUUACGCGUAAAAAGGACUAUUAACUCAUUGGCUGCCAUUGCUGGUAAAAGCAAAACCAGACUUCCUUUAAAAAUGAGCAGAUUGCACUUUAAACACACUGAAACGUUAGCAUAUUAGCAUUUAUAACACAAACUUAGUACAAAUAUCCACAACUUAUAGUUCAAUCAGCUUUAAAUUUUUUCAUGAAUUAACAUUGGCCAAAAUUUUGAAACAAGGACAUUUCACUUAAACGUUUCUGAGGUGGGAGUUUAUUCGACUUUUUCUAUCAAUGGCAGCCAGCGAGUUGAACAGAUGGUCCGACGGUUUGCCUUGAAACAAAUAGGACUCACUUAAAAAUGACAGUGGGGAAAAUGAUCGGAAGGGGUCGUCUCUGGUGGGCGGAGUCACCAACUCGGACCUGUGACACGUACGCACACACAGAGCGGAGAGGAAAAAGAAAACGAGGUUAAGUCAAGAAGCUGCGGCGCUAAUGCGGAUCACCGCGGGGGGGUGCGGCUAAGCGAGUGGAGUAACUGUGAUAGGGCGAGUUAAGUGACGCGGUUGCGGGUCAAAGCGAACGGCGCGGAGGUUACACAAGAAGUUAGUGCAAAAAAAGAUGUCUAAAAAAGACUCGCUGAGCUGCGGGAGGGAACAACUCGAAGGGGAUUGAGUGGAUUUGGAGUGUAGAGAGUUCACAGAAGCGGUUGGGACUUUUUUGGCGGUGAUAGAUCAAGGUUACCUGCGUCGUUGUUGUUGUUG